AUGCCGAGGUCACGCAGAGGAGCCGCAAAGAAGUCCAAGAAUCGCAAGCCGCCCGCUGAAGAGGACCUAGGCUGGUACACCAUCAAACGCAUCAUUGAUGAGAAGACCGUGAGAGGUCGUGUUCAGUAUUUUGUCGAAUGGGACGAUAACGCCGUCACCGGGCAAGCAUAUGAUCCCACCUGGAGCACUGAGGUCACGACUUUGGCCCUACAGGAAUGGGAACGGGUCAAGGCUCAGCGUCUUCAAAAGGACCGCCAGGAACAAGAGCUGAUUGACGAGCAGCUUGAGCAACAGCUCCAGCCAAAGCCAGCGUCAGACUCAGAGCCAGAGUCGGAUCCAAAGGAACAGCAAGGCCAGCAGUCAGCAGUGCAGCUGCCAGAUCACCAGGAACGGCAAGCGCAGCAGGAGCCCGUGUUAGAUCAAGAGAGUGACGCGAGCCAGCCGCCGCGACCUGCUCACCGGCGUCGUCCAGUAAAGGUCAACGCAUCCCAGCAGAAGCGUAAACGCUCAGCCUCUAUAGCUUCAUCUUCUUCCGACUCAUCUUCUAUCCGCCCUCGUAAAGUUAUCAGAAGCGAGACGUGCGAAUCUCUGUGCGACGAGCCCGGGGCAUCUCUUGUCUCAUCGCCUUCAAUCUCCACCCCUUCCGAACUUCCAGAUCUACCAGACGUAGACAUAUCAGGAAAUCGCACACGAGCUGCCUCGGCUCUGAUAGUCGAGAUCCCAAAGAACUCAAAUAUCAACCGGGCUGAUUAUCUGAGCGUUCUUGGCUCGCAGUCGACUGUCAAAUCCACGCAGUCUCUCGCCGAGCUUGAGAGCGAGGAUAGUCGUGUCUCCAUUGUACCAAGCAGCCAAAGAACCCAUUUAAGCUCCCUGGAAGAUACAGACCGAUCCUGGAAUCAGAACCCUAUUCCACAGGGGCUGCUCCAGUCAUCUUCUAGAUUAAUUCAAUCUCAGCCUCAAGGCUGUUCACCCGAGUCAAGCUCUCGUGUCAUUCCAGAUUCUCUUGAAGAUCCUUCAACAUCAACCUCCCAGCCGUCUGGUAGGGUAACUGAGGGGGAGGUAUCUGAGGGUCGCAUUCAAAAGCUUCAUGAUACUGUUAGCUCAGACAUCCCUUCUCAUCAGCCUGAUCGACCAGAGGAGAUCCCAGAAGCAAACAGCCCCGCUCUGUCUCCAUCGCUAUCACACGGCACACCAGCAGCCUGCGCAUCACAACUUGUAAUAUCCUCGGGGUCGUCAGCACUUGUCAUCACGCAAUCAGACGCAAGCCCAAGGUUUCUUACCCAGCCACCAAUCCCACCUGUCUUGGAGCAUCUGGAGAGUUCUUUAACCAGCCGAAUUUUCGAGUCACCUGCUCAUCCCGUCGCAGAGAUUGUGUCCAGUAUCAGCUCUAGCACUCCAUCUGCAUCGGAUCCAGGGGCAUCUCAAGCUGCUCAAAUAGUUUCUCGCCACUUUGAUAUACUAUCACGGCCUCUUACAGAAAGCGAGUCUUCGGGAAGUUUGCCCAAAUCUCAAACUACGCCUCAUCAGCCUAUCAACGUGAGAGAUCAAAGUCUCUUCUCGGCCUCAGCUCGCCUACCAAAGACUAUCGAGUUUCCACAACCAGCCUCAGCAUCAGGAAUAAGCUGUCUAGCAGCGGCUACGGGCCCACAGUCUAAGCCAGUUACCCCUCUGAAUACUUUCAAAGUUCGAAAGAUGGAAAACGAAACUCCCGAGCAAACUUCCGAAAGGAUACAACGGAGAUUGGAUGCAGAGCUUUCUGCAAUAUUUCGCCUAGAUGAGUUCGACGGUGGGUCUACUUCUCCAGAGUCGCAUCAGACGCAACCGAAUCAGCCUUCGACGGGGGUGCAAGAAGAGCAUAUUACGCCAGCUGAGGAAGGCACAAGUAAUACGAAUACCGAGCUACCCAUGCAGUCGUCCCCACUGCCCCUUGGCGUUGGACCGCUUUCUAUUCAAGAAAAAGCGCCUUCUGAGAAUGUAGAAGCAGUAUCUAAUGAGACGGAACACGACAACGACAGUGGUCUUACUACAACAUCCAGAUCGCGGCCCUCAGCUCCUCGGAGAUCCGUUGCUGAAGAAUUGGCUGAUAUAUUCAGCCCAGUCUUUGGCGAGUCUGGGUCGGGACAGCCGCAAUCUGUCCCUGAACCUGUACAAGCAGAACCCAUAGAGGCAGAGCAAACCACAGUCUCCCUUGCGGACAUAAGUCGCCAACCGGAACCGGCUUAUAAAGAUAUCCCUCUACUGUCCUUUACGCAUUCGAAUGAACCCCUGAUGCCGGAGCCUUCCUCAGAUGUCACACAUUCCGAGCAAGUUCAUAGCGAACCCAGCCCUACGGAAUCAUCGGCAUCUCCACCAGCUGCACAGCCCUCACCAGCUACGCUCCAACAGCAUACAGUGACACUCCCAUUCCAAGCAAGUCUUCGCCAGAGGUACAACAACAUAAUAGUUGAGUACAGAGUUCCUUUCUUGGAGUUUAACAGGUGUUUCAGCGGCGAAGACUAUUCAGAACCGGAUCCAUCACUAGUAAAUCGUAUCAACGAGCUAUUCAAUAACUUGUUGAACGUGUGUGAUUACCCUGAGAACAUUGUGGGAAGUGACCUUGAAAGGCUGCCUCCAGCACAGCAAGCUAAAUAUUGCUGCGAUGCUAACCCAAAGUUCAAUUUCAUAUUUGAACUCCUGAGUGGAAUUGAGGAUCAUUCCAGCAUUUUAAUUGUCGCUCGCUCGCCAGAGCUCCUUCGGCUCCUUUCUCACUUGGCAGAGUCUCUCAAGAUGCAAUUCAGUUGUGAAGCCAUUGGCAGAUCAGAUGUCUCGACUGGUGGCUCAAGUUCUAGAUUGGUCCUAGCGCUACCAACUGAAGACAUCGAUUCUCGGGACUUUGAUGUCGUGAUCGGAUAUGACCACUCCUUCAGGCACUCUUCUGUUGCUCAAGGGCUAUCAAGAAACCCCAGUGCCAAUAGACGACAGCUUAUCUUGGUACUCGUUACAACCCAUUCAAUUGAGCAUAUCGACCUCCACAUACCAGAAGACUUGCCUCCAAUGGAGCGAAAAAGCGUCCUUAUCUCUACGAUUGUGCGCGCUUGGAAUCUGGUGGAGAGUCCUAACCACGGCUACCAAGAACCACAUGAGAUUGCUGCUUUGUUCCUACAAUUCCUAGCAAGCGAUGAAGACACGCCGAUGUGGGACCCAAUACCUGUCCCAGAGGCAAUCCUUGACGUUUAUGUCCAUACUCAGUCACAGUUACAGAUGCCAUCGACAAUCUCACAGCAAGACCGGGAAACUGGUCGAAAACGCAAACAUAAUGAUUUUGACGACUUUGAUAGCAAGAGACCAAGAGUGCUCUCUAUUGGACAAAUUUCCUCGUCAAUUGGAACGGGCAGGCCUCCAUUAUCUGACGAAGUGAAAGCUCUAUUGGAAAGCGCCAUGCCAACAGAGGAUACUUCUCGCCCAGAAGUAUCCGUCAACGUUCCCCAAGCAGUCCUGCAAAUCUUGGCAGAAAAGUUUGCCGAGUACGAACGUCGCAUAGAAGCGAACGAUCACGAGGCAGAAUACAAAUCCGUUAUUUCGGGCCUUGAAAAGCGGCUCAAGGAUUAUGAGAGAACAGCGCACAAGAUGUACGAGUCACAGCGUGCUGCACUGCAAGACCGUUCUCGGUUCGAGACUGAGAAGCGCAAAAUUGAAUCUGCCAUGCAGUCUGCAACAAAUCAGUCCGGGAAGGAGGCCGAAAAAGCAAAGCAGAGAAUUCUAGAGCUAGAAGCUACCGUGGCUCGACUAACAGAAGACCCCAAUGCCUCUAAUCCACAGGAUACACCUUUGGCAAAAUCUGAAAGCCUCUUGCUGGAAGCACAGGCUAAGGUUAUCUACCUUGAGAAGCGCUUAGAGAACGCCCACAAGGACGCAGAAUAUAUUCGGAGCUUGUAUCAAGACGCAGCCGAUACGGCUUCUAGCUUGAAAUCAGAAAAUAACCAACUAAGAAGCCAGAACGAUGACCUGGCUAAAAAGGCUUCUGAGAACUUUGCUCGAAUUCAUGAGAUCCAAGAGCGGAAUACUACCAAGUUGUAUCUCGACCAGAUCACAGAGCUCAAGUUUCAAGUCAAAGAGCGAGAGAUAGAGCUAGAUCGUGCUCGUGAGGAGCUACGACAGCUAAAGAAUGGACGGCGGGAGACUCGACAGUCUAGCGUACCUCGGAGUCCACGCAUGGGUAUGAUGAGCCCACGAACAAUUUCCCGAGCAUACGGAGGCCCAGCUAGCAGAGGGGCUAGCCCGGCCUCGGGAGCUGGCGUCGAAGGCAUGCAGUUCUAUGGCCAACAGCCAGGAAAUGGCCGAUGGGAUCACUUAAGAGGAUAA